UUGAUAUGAUGCCCAACGGUAGUAGGUUAGUCCUAAUUGUGAAUCCAGAGGAUUCAGUGAAAUCGGUUCACGAUUAUAUCGAGACAUUAACCAAUAUACCACCUACCGAGCAAAGACUGAUACAUCAAGGAGAACAGCUACAAUGGGAACAGUCAUUACUUGAAUCAUCUGUACAAAACAAUUCAGUUCUUCAAUUGUUCGUCAGAAAUCGUAGCACUUAUCUCUUAGAAGCCUGGCAAAUGGGUUGUGAUUUGAGAUUAUUCAUCUUCGAUUUGUACAAAGGCAAUGCAACCCUUUCUUCAGAGUUGGUAAAUUCGAUGUUAUUGGGGUUCUUAACAAAGAUAAAGGAUUAUAAUGGCACAUCUGUUAGAUAUCUUCAAGUAUUUUUUUCCUUAGGUUUCACUAAAGCUAUAGUAAUGCUCUACUUAUCUGAUAGACCAAACACAGAGUUUUUUUCUGAAUUCAUUGGAAAUAUCAUUUAUAUUUGUCACGAAGGGUAUGAUAAUCCAAAGUCUCCUCCACACAUCAUUUAUGCACUCAUAUUGUUUGAAUUAUUCAAAACACUCCGUCUAGCUCUUCAUAGUAAUCACUAUGUUAACGUAAAGUGGAUCAUCAGUAAUUAUGGGGUUUGUAGGAAUGCUCUUUGCUCAAAUCUGAAGUAUGUCCAACUUACUUGGGAUUCAAAGGACGAUAAUACUUGUUGGAUUGAGGAUAACUGUCAGAUUUUCUUUGAAGAUAUUUUCUCAUUUUUUCAAGAUGACAUCACUAUGUUAUUGAAUAGUUUAUCAUCUGAAAUAGUGCCCCCUAUAAGUAGUUCUUUUGAUCAAUUAGAUGAGGUCUGUUAUUUGGGAGAUUUAUGUGUCCCCUUGCAAUCUGUGAUAAUGCAACAACUGGGUUUAGGGCCAUUGGUAUCUUUGUCAUCUGCUGAAAUUGAACUUGAUGAUAGACUUAAGUGUCAUUUUAAGGAGAUCAAGUUCAUUUAUGAUGUCUGUAUUGACUUACUUGAGAAAAUUGAUGUACAUCUUGAAAAAAUAGAGAACUUGUUGUCUAUCAAAUCAAAAAGAGAACUUAAUAAUUUUGAUCUGCCUGGGUUCUAUUACUUUUCUACUUUGAAGAUCAUACAUUGUUUAUCAAAAGUUUAUUCGGGAGCCAGUGAAAUGUUUCACAGAAAAUUGAAGGAAAGAAAGAUUGCACUCAACUACCUAUUAAUGUAUAAGACUAAGACUAAAGAGAUAGUAGCAUGGAUUUCUGAGUACGAUGAUGUGAUUGAUUUUAAGUCUAGGAGAAAGUUAGUAAGGAACAUGUUUCCCAAACUAACACAUGUUGUUGAUGAUGAUGAUGGUGAUUUUGUUGAUGAUGAUGUUGUUAUGGAUGAUGUCGUUGUUGAUGAUGGCAACUUGAACACAAUUAUCAUAGAGAGGUCUAAGUUGUUAGAAGAAUCAUUCAAUUCUUUUUCCCUUACAAGUUCGGUAGUGUUGAAAAGUAAUUUCUCUAUAAAGUUUAAAAAUGAGGUAGCGCAUGGUCCAGGUGUAGUUCGAGAAUGGUUGUUCUUGGUAUGCCAGGAUAUCUUUAAUCCAUCAUCAAAUGACUUAUUCGUGGCAUGCCCGUCUGAUCUCAGAAGAGUUUAUCCAAAUCCUGCUUCUAAGGUGAAGUCUUAUUCACGCCUUAAGUAUUAUAAAUUUGCUGGAAAUGUGAUUGGACUUGCAUUGCAACAUAAGAUUCAAGUAGGCAUUGUGUUUGAUCGUGUUUUUGUCAACCUAUUAGCUGGUAAAACUACUUCUCUCGAGGAUAUUCAAGAUGCUGAUCCACAGUUCUACAGUAGUUGCAAGAAAAUUAUUGAGAUGAGCGCUGAUGAAGUAGAUUCUGAUGUAUUGGGGCUAACGUUUGUGCACGAAUUUGAAGAUGAAUUUGGAUCGAGGAAAGUGGUUGAGCUUUGUCCUGGAGGACAAAAUGUGGCUGUAAAUAGUAGAAAUAGAAAACAGUUUGUUGAUCUUCUUAUUCAACAUGUUUUCGCCACAUCAAUUGCUCAACAGGUGGCCCGAUUUUCUGAUGGUUUUUCAAAUAUAUUGUUGGAUUGGGAACACCGACAAUUGUUUUUCGAUUCUUUAGAGCUGAAGAAUCUUGAUAAGUUGUUGUUGGGUAAAGGAAAUGCUAUUUCAGUUAGAGAUUGGAAAAUACACACUCUUUACCAAGUUUACAAAAAAACUGAUCCUCAAAUAGUUUGGUUCUGGAAGAUAGUGCAAAACAUGACGCUAGAGCAAAGAAGGCACCUCAUGUUCUUUUGGACCUCGGUGAAGUAUUUACCAAUUGAUGGAUUUUGUGGCUUGGAACGGCUGUGGAUUGAAAGAUCAUUCGAAAGUGAGGAUCAUCUGCCUUCAUCUCAUACAUGCUUCUACAAACUAUUCCUCCCACCAUACUCUUCGAUGGACAUUAUGAAGGACCGCUUACAUACCAUCGCCCAAGAACAUAUUAGCAACAGUUAUGGCAUGGGGUGACUUUUGCAAGCAGAUCAUAGAAUAGUAAGUAAAGAUCUUUUAUUGUUAUUAUUUUGUUUAAUUUAGAAUAUUUAACUUGUUCAUGUCUAGUCUA